AUGAAUCUAGGGAAUAUCGUAGAACAUCUUCUUGAUUUAACUAAAGCUGCAUUCGGUUUCGAAGCUAAAACAACAACAACAAGUGAUGAAAUAUUUGUUUCACAGCAGUUAUUUGAAAUACUCAAGGCUUUCAAACACAGCUGUUUCAACGAACUCCAUACAUAUGACUCUCUUGAAUUUGACGAUGAAUAUGAUGAUAUGAUGGAUGAAGAGAGUAGUGAUGGAUCGGAUGAUUUUGAAGAAACUCAAGAUCCAGAUCUUAAAGACUAUUUCACUUUGGAAGAAAUGAAAAGUAUUGUUGAAUGGGUUGAUCAACAUCCAAAUCAUACAAUUGCCACUACAUCAUGUAGAUUUCGAAAAAUUAAAUCCAUGACUUAUAUCAAAAGAUUCAGAGAGUAUAUUAGUAGAAACGGCUCAAUCUUGAAAAACUAAAUAAAAUCAAGGAUUUCAUGUUAAACGAAUUUUAUGUUAAAAGAGCCAUUCAAAAAGAAGCAGUUCAUGACAUUGAUCUACAACUUUUUGCACUACAAAAGGCAAGAGUUUUAGGUUGGGAUACCUUCAAGGCAAGUGAAUCAUUCAUCACCAGGUUCAAGAAAGAAAAUUGAAUUUCAUCAAGAAAAUAAAAUAAACUUAUUACCUGAGACACAUUAAAAAGAAAAAUUUGUACUUUAAAUGGUAUGCAUCAAUCAUAUUCAAAUUCAUUAUAUUUAUCUAAAAAUAAUAUAUUUUAGAUGCCCGAAAUUGGAUUGAAAGCAAAAGAUCAUUAAUUUCAAUAUUUACUACACAUGAAAUUCUAAACAAUGAUCAUUGUUUGUUUCAACAAGAAUAUGUUUCACCGAGAAUUCUUUCAUUUACUGGUGAAAGAACAACAGAAGUAGCUGUUAAAACGAAACACAAUAUUACUUACUCGUAUACAGUUCAACCUAUUAGUUCAGCUGCCGGUCACUUGUUAAAUAAAUUUUUGCUAAUUCUUCACGAAAAACAAAAUGAAUUUGGUACCAGAGUGCAGAAGGAUUUAAUCGUGUCGCCGAACGUGAUUGUACGAGCUUCUACUUCUGGAAAAAGUAACGAUGAAAAUCAUCGUAUUUUCUUAAAGGAAGUUCUUGCCCUUGUCGUUAGCACAAAAUUUCUUCUUUUUCUUGACCGUUGGAAAACUCAAACUGGUUUAGAUAAGUUUAGAUUAGUAUUUCCUAAUAAAAAAAGUCAGUUAUUAAUUUUUGCCUGAAGGAUAAACCGGUUAUGUUCAACCACAAGACUUAUCCUUAUUUCGUUCGUGGAAAUUCAUUCAUAAGAAAAUUGAACAUUACAAUCACAUCAAUCGAACAGUGAUCAAUAUGAGUGAUCGUCAAUAUUUUAUAAAUAUGCAAUCUGUUAUUCAUAAUCAAUUAUCUGCUCCAUCAUUCAAAAAUCUAAUAAAAUCAGGAUUUAUAAAUGCUGGAAUAAUUCACGGAACAAUUGAAGAAGUUGACAAAGCAAAGGAUAUUUAUUUCAAAUUCUACGAUCUCUAUUGUUCAAUGAAUAAUUGUGAAAAUCGAACACUUCUGAG